GUAAUAAAAUAAAAUAUAAAAAUGCUGUGAACCAAAACAUUUAUUAAAAUUCUAUACAGCUAAUAAACAGUUAAAUGUAUGUAAUGUAAAUUACAAAAGCAAAGAUGCUUAGCAGAUUUUCCGAUGUUCUACAAACCGCUGCCGAUGUCCUCGCGCCACCGGCUUCUAGGUUGGAGGACUUUCAAUACCAUUGGAAAAUGAUAAUCCAUUUCUAUCAGAAUUACGAUGAUUCUAAUAAAAUUCACAUAGAAGAUACAAGGAUUCCUCAUCAUUUUCAUCAGAUGUUGCAGCUCAUAGUAGAUGAAGAGAAGGAACAACAAGGUGGUACUGUAGGUCCUUGCUUAGAAGCUGUAGUUCAGCGGUCAAUAUGCUGGUUAGAUGCACUUACAGCACUCGCGGCAGCCGACAGACCGCCAGGUGCGAGGUCACUAGCCUUAACCACAGGAACUGCGUUGUUACGUCGGACAAGACAACCUUGUGUUAACAGUGCACAUGUGUUUAGGCCCUUACAGAGGAUGUUAAUACAAUGCAAUGAAAAUCCAGCUUCACCGACUGAAAGAGAAGAAGUGGAACUAUUACUGACUCUAUGUGGACUUGUGAGGAAAGAGCCGGGUCUUGCCAAUAUAUUCACAACACCUUACGUAGAAGAUAAAUCAAGCUUGCUAAGCAUACCAGAAGAUAUACAAAAGCUUAUACCGUUGAAAAGUAAAGUGCAAAUGCCAAAAAAGAAUCCGUUGUUCGAAGUUGAAAUGAUGCCAAAUCCAAUGAAGAAUAUAUCUAUAGUCAGAACUAAUUCUAAAGAAGAUAGUGUUACAAAAUCUAAUAGUUCAGUUGCAGAAGAUAAUGCUUCUUGUAAAAGUCAGAAAACAGUCUACGAGGACAAUGAUAAGUUUCUAUUGAUUGAUUUGUUGCUGUCUUAUUUGAAUAGCGCUGACAACCAGGUUGUCCUGCGAGCAUGUGAAGGUAUAAUGAUAGUAUCAUCAUUACCAGAAGAUGAUAUCGCUAACUUGGUGACCAGCUGCAGUCCUGUCUGUGAGACUAUUAUAGACAAACUGGCGGAGAAAUACAAGAGUAUACCGCCUCACGUGGAUCCUAAUGAUGUAGACCAUUUGAAUAUAACUUGGGCAUAUGUGGCACAGGAUUUUGGUGACAAGGGCUAUAAUAAAUUCAAUGGUUACCGAGAGCUGACAAGUUUCUUCUCAUGGCUGGAUUAUUGUGAUACCUUGAUGAAGGAGUGCCACCCCGCGAUCGCGGCGCACCUUUCGCGAACGUUCCGCGCGCAGUUCCUGGAGGCGGCGGGCGAGCGCGCGCUGCGCGGGGCGCGCGGGGCCGCGCUCGCCGCCGCCCUCCUCGCCAAGUGUCUGCGUGUUGUAGACUCACAGGAAUUGAUCAAUGAGUUCUCCAACUGGCUGGUGGGCGAGGGCGAGAUGUGCGAGUGGCCGCUGCUGUUGGCGCUCAUCGACAGUUGCCUCAGCGACGACCACGACCUCACGCUGGAAAUGUUGAGGUUUUUUGAGACAAUAAUAGAGAAAGGAACAGAACACAGUAUCAACAGGCUGGUCCUCUCCCGCGUGUGUUCUAGAGGAUACUUUUCACCGCAGCCUCUUCUAGAAGAUGACGAGAGGGAUAGACUGAACGAUCUAUCGCUGUCGAGAGAACGAGAGAGGAAUAGGGAAGCUAUGAAGCAGCUGCAGCACGAGGAGCAGGUGUCGGAGCAGAUCAGCGACAUCCUGCAGCAGGAGGGCGUCACCACCAAGGAACCGGAUAUCGACAACAUACAUAGAGUUAUUAACAGUUUCCUGUUGCUGUUGCCGCGCGCCGUGCUGUCGGACCCCGUGGGCGCGGACUACGAGCAUUACAUACACGACGCGCAGAGACACUAUCAGCUCUGGUUGGAUAUCACGUCGACGUUUAGUUGGCCGACGGAACAAGGAGAUAAUACUGCGAGCUCCACUCAUAGCUACGAUAGUAGGCCCGAAGCGGAUAUACACCUGGAUGUAUUCCAGCCGUUACACGCCAUAGAUAGGGAGUGGAGCAUAAACAACGCAGAUACCAGAGACAAUGGCCAUGUUAAUGACAGUGAUGCCAGAGAUAAUGGCCAUAGCAAAGACCGUAAUAUCAGAGAUAAUGGCCAUAGCAAAGAAAGUAAUACCACGGUUAAUAGCCAUGCUAUAGACAAUAGUAAUACCAGAGACAAUGACCAUGGUAAAGACAGUAAUACUAGAAAUGAUGGCCAUUCCAAAGACAGUAAUACCAGAGAUAAUGUCCAUACUAUAGACAAUAGUAAUACCAGAGACAAAACUGAAUGUUUCUCCCAAAAAUUAGUCAUUCGUUCUCGAGAUCUACCUUCAUUCUCAUCAAACGAAGAUUUCGAUGAAGGUCCCUUCUUCAGAAUGCUUUUCAAACUUCUCUCGGAAAUGCAUCUCCGACCUUAUCAAGUGAAUUUGCACCUUACCUCUAUAAUAUCAAAGUUGGCUUUGAUGCCGCAUCCUUAUUUACAUGAAUAUUUAUUGAAUCCAAUGUUGCCAACCGCUAAGAAGACACAGACUUUAUUCAAAACGUUGCAAGAGCUGGCGAGGAAGUUGACUAUGGAGAUACCGAGGAUAAAGAAUUAUAAGAAGGUGAUAGAAAAUACUAGAAUGCAGCUGAUGAGUGAAGAUCCCAGUUAUGAUGAGUGUGAUGACCACAACCAAUUGGUCGAAAGUUUAAUCGUUCUAGAAGAGUUCUGCAAAGAGCUGGCCGCCAUCGCUUUCGUCAAAUACCAGCACAGCGUGCAGAUGCACAGAUGAAAGUGUAAAAAGUAAUCGAAUAUUUGAAAAAUGCAUAAAAAAGUACAUUAUUUUUUUUGCAAAUCAAUUUUUUUGCCUGUCAAAGUAUUAUCGUUAGAGCUUUUUGUAUUUUUGUAAUUGCAGAGAUUGAAAAAUAAAUUAUGAAAAAAAAAUCAAGAUUAAAAAUAUUG